GGUGGUGCGACAGCCGGGGCCGCCCGGGAGCCGGUGGACCGAGCGAUCUCGAGCGAAGGCGCAGGGAGAGCGGGGGCGGGGUGGGGACGCGGCCGCCGUACCCUUCGUGGCUGAAGAAAAUGGUGUUCGAGUCGGUGGUCGUGGACGUGUUGAACCGGAUCUUGGGGGACUAUGUGGGGAACCUGGACUCGUCCCAGCUCUCUCUGGGCAUCUGGAAAGGAGCUGUGGCCCUCAAGAAUCUUGUAAUUAAAGAAAAUGCCCUGAGUCAACUGGAUGUACCAUUUAAAGUUAAAGUUGGUCACAUAGGUAAUCUUAAGCUUAUAAUUCCUUGGAAAAACCUCUAUACUCAACCAGUUGAAGCUGUAUUGGAAGAAAUUUAUUUACUCAUAGUGCCUUCUUCUAGAAUAAAAUAUGAUCCUUUAAAAGAAGAAAAACAACUCAUGGAAGCAAAGCAGCAGGAAUUAAAAAGAAUAGAAGAAGCAAAACAAAAAGUAGUUGAUCAAGGAAAUCCUCCGGAGGAAAAACAGGACACUUUUGUAGAAAAACUAGUUACUCAGAUCAUAAAAAAUCUUCAAGUGAAAAUUUCUGAUAUCCAUAUUCGUUAUGAAGAUGAUAUCACAAAUCGAGACAAACCACUAUCAUUUGGUAUUUCCCUUCAGAAUCUGAGCAUGCAGACAACUGAUCAAAAUUGGGUUCCAAGUUUACAUGAUGAAACUGAGAAACUAGUUCGAAAGUUAAUCCGAUUGGAUAACCUUUUUGCCUAUUGGAAUGUGAAGUCUCAGAUGUUUUAUCUUAAUGAUUAUGAUGAAUCAUUGGACAGGUUGAGGAAUGGCAUUGUCAAAGAAGAUAUUGUUCCAGGAGGUUAUGAUUUUGUAUUUCUCCCUUUAUCUGCCAAUGCCAAACUUCAGAUGAAUCGCCGAUCAGAUUUUGACUUUUCUGAUCCUAAAAUAAACCUGGAUGUUGAGUUACAUAAUAUAGCGAUUGAAUUUAAUAAACCACAGUACUUCAGUGUUAUGGAGCUUCUUGAGUCUAUUGAUAUGAUGACACAAAAUCUGCCAUAUAGAAAAUUUAAACCUGAUGUACCUCUUCACUACCAUGCCAGAGAAUGGUGGGCUUAUGCUAUACAUGGCAUUCUUGAAGUAAAUGUUAUCCCUAGGUUACAGAUGUGGUCAUGGAAGCAUAUUCGGGAACACAGACAAAAAGUGAAGCAGUAUAAAGAACUGUAUAAAAAAAAACUAACAAAUAAGAAGCCACCUGGGGAAGUUCUUAUGGAUUUGGAGGAGUUAGAAAAAACUCUGGAUGUCUUUAAUAUAACCAUAGCUAGACAACAGGCAGAAGUUGAGGUAAAGAAAGCUGGAUACAGGAUUUAUAAAGAAGGUGUAAAAGAUCCAGAGGAUAAUAAAGGAUGGUUUGACUGGCUGUGGAGUUGGUCGGAAUCCAAUACUAAACAGCAACCAGAUGUUAAACCUGGAACUCUUGAAGAAAUGUUGACACCUCAAGAAAAAGCAUUACUGUAUGAAGCAAUUGGCUAUAGUGAAACAGCAGUUGAUCCAACCUUGCCAAAAACAUUUGAAGCAAUGAAGUUUUUUGUUCACUUGAAAAGUAUGUCUAUUGUCCUAAGAGAAAACGACCAGAAGCCUGAGCUGUUGGAUAUUGUGGUAGAAGAAUUUAGCACUUUGGUUGUGCAAAGACCUGGAGCACAAGCAAUAAAAUUUGUAACCAAAAUAGAUUCAUUUCAUGUUACUGGCUUACCAAAUAAUUCCAAAAAACCCCGCCUCUUGUCCUCUUUGGAUGAUGCUAUGUCACUUUUCCAAAUCAUAUUUGAGAUAAAUCCAUUAGAUGAAACUGUUGCCCAAAGAUGUGUUAUAGAAGCUGAACCUUUAGAAAUGAUAUAUGAUGCAAGGACAGUGAAUAGUAUAGUGGAAUUCUUUAGACCUCCAAAAGAGGUACAUCUAGCACAGCUCACUUCGGCAACUUUGACAAAGCUUGAAGAAUUCCGUGAUAAGACAGCAACAGGUCUACUAUAUAUUAUUGAAACACAGAAAGUUCUUGAUCUCAGAAUUAAUUUGAAGGCUUCAUAUAUUAUUGUCCCACAAAAUGGAAUUUUUAACUCUACAUCAAAUCUGCUUCUUUUGGAUCUUGGUCAUCUAAAGGUAACCAGUAAAAGUCGUUCGGAAUUACCAGAUGUGAAACAAGGUGGAGCCAAUCUUGAAGAGAUAAUGCAUAGAGCUUAUGAUUCCUUUGAUAUUCAGCUUACAAGCAUACAGCUGCUUUAUAGCAGAGAUGGAGAAAAUUGGAAAGAAGCACGAAAACUCAAUGUAUCUACACAGCAUAUUUUGGUACCUAUGCACUUUAAUGUGGAACUCUCUAAGGCCAUGGUUUUCAUCGAUACAAAGAUGCCUAAAUUCAAGGUUGCUGGAAAGUUACCACUUGUUUCUUUACGAAUCUCGGAUAAAAAACUGCAAGGGAUUAUGGAACUGGUUGAAAGCAUUCCAAAACCCCAACCUGUAACGGAAGUAUCUGCGCCUGUCAAACCAUUGCAGACUCAUACAUCUCUUUCUUUGGGAACAUCGCAGAUUUCGCAGAAAAUAAUUCCUCUCUUGGAACUUCCUUCUGUUGCUGAAGAUGAUUCAGAUGAAGAAUUUUAUGAUGCACCAUGUAGUCCCUUAGAAGUAACUCCUCAAAUUCCAACCAGAGUUAAAAAUGUUCGACACAGAAAGUUACAGAAGCAGGAUCAUUCUGUAAAUUUGACUGAGUUUAAAAUGCGAUUUGAAGUAGCAGAGGUUUUGAUUCAAUUUUACCACCUUGUUGGAGACUGUGAACUACCUGUAGUAGAAAUUAAUGUUUUAGGAUUGGGCACAGAAGUUGAGAUUAGAACAUUUGAUUUGAAAGCAAAUGCCUUUUUGAAAGAGUUCUGCUUAAAAUGCCCAGAAUACUUGGAUGUAAACAAGAAGCCAGUUUAUUUGGUUACAACACUGGAUAAUACAAUGGAAGAUCUGUUAACACUGGAAUAUGUGAAGGUUGAAAAAGGUGUACCUGACUUGAAAAGUACCUAUAACAAUGUGGUACAACUGAUUAAGGUGAAUUUUUCUUCUUUGGAUAUUCAUUUACAUACUGAAGCACUUGUGAAUACAAUAAGUUAUCUCAAUAACAUCCUUCCACAAACAGAGGAAAAAUCAACUUCAGCAUAUGUUGGAGAGACUGAAGACAAAGGAGAUGUCAUUAAAAAAUUAGCUUUAAAGCUGUCCACAAAUGAGGAUAUUAUUACCUUGCAAAUUUUAGCAGAAUUAUCAUGUUUACAAAUCUUCAUUCAGGAUCAGACACGUAACAUUUCUGAAAUUAAGAUUGAAGGGCUUGAUGCUGAGAUGGUUAUGAGGCCUUUGGUUGCUGAAAUAAAUGCAAAGCUAAGGAAUAUAGUUGUUUUGGAUUCUGAUGUAACAGCCAUAUAUAAAAAGGCUGUUUAUAUCACUGGAAAAGAAGUUUUCAGCUUCAAAAUGAUUUCUUACAUGGAUGCAACUGCUGGUCCUGCAUACACAGAUAUGAAUGUGGUUGACUUUCAGGUUGAUUUAACUGUUGGUUGCAUUGAAGUAGUUUUUGUCACAAAAUUUCUGUAUACUGUAUUGGCUUUUAUAGAUAAUUUUCAAGCAGCUAAACAAGCCUUGGCUGAGGCAACUGUUCAGGCAGCAGGAAUGGCUGCUACUGGUGUAAAAGAACUGGCACAGAGGAGUUCCAGAAUGGCGUUGGAUGUUAAUAUCAAAGCCCCUGUUGUAGUCAUCCCACAGUCUCCAGUAUCUGAAAAUGUUUUUGUUGCUGAUUUUGGACUCAUCACGAUGACAAAUACAUUCUAUAUGAUAACAGAGAGCCAGAGCAAUCCCCCACCUGUUAUUGACUUGAUAACGAUAAAGCUGAGUGAAAUGCGACUAUACAGAUCUCAAUUUAUUAAUGAUGCAUACCUUCAAGUACUGGAUCUACUACUGCCAUUAAAUCUUGAAGUGGUUGUUGAGCGAAAUUUAUCCUGGGAGUGGUACCAGGAAGUUCCUUUUUUUAAUGUAAAUGCUCAGCUAAAACCCAUGGAGUUCAUUCUUAGUCAAGAAGAUAUAACAAUUAUUUUUAAAACAUUGUAUGGCAAUAUAUGGUAUGAAUACAGUAAUAACAUCCCAUCUGCUGUAAUGAAAAACCAAUAUAGUGUUAACAGUGGAGUUACUGAUGCUUCACACCCUUCAGGAGGAGCAACUGUGGUGACAGCUGCUGUGGUAGAAGUACAUUCGCGUGCCUCUCAAGUUAAGACAAUGCUAAAUAUGACUUUGAAAACUGAUUAUCUUACCAUGGUACUAUAUAGUCCAGAUCCUGAAAAGACUUCCUUUACAGAUGUUCGUGAUCCUUCUCUGAUACUUGCUGAAUUUAAAUUGGAGAAUAUUUUAAGUACUGCAAAAAUGUAUUCAGAUGAUUCAACAUCUUCUUCCUUCUCAUUAAAAAAUUGCAUUUUAGAUGAUAAAAGACCUCAUGUCAAGAAAGCAACUCCUAGAAUGAUAGGACUGACUGUUGGGUUUGAAAAAAAGGACAUGAUGGAUGUAAAGUAUAGAAGAAUCAGAGAUAAUUGUGUAACUGAUGCAGUCUUUCAAGAAAUGUAUAUUUGUGCAAGUGUGGAAUUCCUCUUGACUGUUGCAAAUGUCUUUUUUGAAGCAUACACUGAAGGCACAGCUUUAGAAACCGGCGUUCAAACAUGGACUUCUAAGGAAGGAGUGCCUGUACAGGAAUCAGAGAAAUGGGAAGUUAAUAUUAUUAUUAAAAAUCCUGAAAUUGUCUUUGUGGCUGACAUGACAAGAAAUGAUGCUCCUGCUUUAGUCAUUACAACUCAGUGUGAAAUUUGCUGUAAAGGUGACCUGGAAAACAACACAGUGACUGCUGCCAUUAAAGAUCUCCAAGCAAGAGCAUGCCCAUUUCUUCCAGUCAAGAGAAAAGGAAAAAUCACUACUGUUUUGCAGCCUUGUGACUUAUUUUAUCAAGCUACUCAGACAGGUUCGACUCCACAAGCUAUUGAUAUAUCAGUGAAAUCCCUGACAGUAAAGGUUUCACCGGUUAUCAUAAACACCAUAAUUACCAUAACUUCAGCACUUUACACAACCAAGGAAACCAUUCCAAAAGAAACUGCUUCUUCCAUAGCACAGUUGUGGGAAAAGAAGGAUAUAAAGAAUUUAAAAAUGUGGUUCCUGGAAGAAUCAAAUGAAACUGAAAAAAUCGCUCCCACAACCGAAUUGGUACCCAAAGGAGAGAUGAUAAAAGUGAACAUUGAUUCUAUUUUUAUAGUUCUUGAGGCUGGAAUUGGUCAUAGAACAGUGCCCAUGCUUUUGGCAAAGUCACGUUUUUCAGGAGAAGGCAAAAACUGGAGCACACUAAUAAAUCUCCACUGUCAACUUGAACUAGAAGUGCAUUAUUAUAAUGAAAUGUUUGGUGUAUGGGAACCUUUGCUUGAGCCCUUAGAAAUUGAUCAGACUGAGGAUUUUAGACCAUGGAAUCUUGGAAUCAAGAUGAAAAAGAAAGCCAAAAAGGCUAUUGUUGAGUCAGAUGCUGAAGAAGAAAACUACAAAGUGCCAGAAUAUAAAACUGUCAUCAGUUUCUAUUCAAGAGACCAAUUAAACAUCACAUUAUCCAAAUGUGGUCUUAUAAUGUUAAAUAAUUUAGUCAAGGCAUUUACAGAAGCUGCCACUGGGUCUGCCCCUGUCUUCAUAAGGGAUCUAGCACCGUUUAUCAUUUUCAAUUCUCUUGGACUUAGUGUUUCUGUUUCACCAAGUGAUUCUUUUAAUGUACUCAAUGUUCCUAUGGCAAAAUCAUAUAUAUUGAAAAAUGAGGAGAGUUUAAGUAUGGAUUAUGUCCGAACUAAGGAAAAUGAUCAUUUCAGCGCAAUGACCAGCCUAAGCAGCAAGCUCUUCUUCAUUCUUCUGACACCUGUUAACCAUUCUACUGCUGAUAAAAUCCCUUUGACAAAAGUGGGACGACGUCUAUAUACUGUAAGACACAGAGAGUCUGGAGUUGAAAGAUCUAUUGUUUGUCAGAUUGAUGCAGUGGAAGGAAGUAAGAAGGUGACAGUUCGCUCUCCAGUACAGGUUAGAAAUCACUUUUCAGUCCCAAUCUCUGUUUAUGAAGGAGACACAUUAUUGGGAACUGCUUCCCCUGAAGAUGAAUUCAACAUACCAUUAGCUUCUUACCGAUCACUGCUUUUUCUGAAACCGGAAGAUGUAGACUAUCAAAAGUGUGAAGGAAUUGACUUUGAAGAAAUUAUAAAAAAUGAUGGAGCUCUUCUGAAGAAGAAGUGCAGAUCUAUAAACCCUUCUAAGAAGUUAUUUAUUAUUAAUAUUGUCCCAGAAAAAGAUAACUUGACAUCUCUGUCGGUGUAUUCAGAAUAUGAUUGGGACUUACCAUACGUACUGCAUUUGUGGCCACCUAUUCUACUCCGAAAUCUUCUUCCUUACAAAAUUGCUUAUUAUGUAGAGGGGAUUGAAAAUACAGUUUUUACUCUAAAUGAAGGACACUCCGCCCAGAUCUGUACUGUACAGUUGGAUAAAGCCAAGCUACAUUUAAAAUUACUUGACUAUCUUAAUCAUGAUUGGAAAAGUGAAUAUCACAUAAAACCUAAUCAGCAAGACAUCAGUUUCAUCAACUUUACAUGUGUUACAGAAAUAGAAAAAACUGAUUUAGAUAUUGCUAUCCACAUGACUUACAAUACUGGUCAGACAAUUGUGGCGUUUCAUAGUCCCUACUGGAUGGUCAAUAAAACUGAUCGAAUGUUACAAUACAAAGCAGAUGGAAUUCAUCGAAAGCAUCCACCUAAUUAUAAAAAGCCAGUUCUCUUUUCUUUUCAGCCAAACCACUUUUUUAAUAAUAAUAAGGUUCAGCUUAUGGUAACAGAUAGUGAGUUGUCAGAUCAAUUUUCAAUUGACACUGUUGGUAGUCAUGGAGCUGUUAAAUGUAAAGGACUGAAAAUGGAGUACCAAGUUGGUGUCACUAUAGACCUCAGUAGUUUUAACAUUACUAGAAUUGUGACAUUUACACCUUUUUACAUGAUUAAAAACAAAAGCAGAUAUCGUAUAUCAGUAGCUGAAGAAGGACAUGAAAAAUGGCUGUCUCUCGAUUUGGAGCAGUGUAUCCCCUUUUGGCCUGAGGAUACUUCUAGUAAACUUCUUAUACAAGUAGAAAGGAGUGAAGGUCCUCCCAAAAGGAUAUAUUUUAACAAGCAAGAAAAUUGUAUUUUGUUACGUCUGGAUAAUGAGCUUGGAGGUAUUAUAGCAGAAGUUAAUUUGGCUGAGCAUUCUACAGUUAUUACAUUUUCAGAUUAUCAUGAUGGAGCAGCUACAUUCCUGUUAAUAAAUGACACCAAGGAUGACCUUGUUCAGUACAAACAAAGCUCCCUUAGUGAAAUAGAAGAUUCCCUUCCUCCUGGAAAAGCAGUGUUUUAUACAUGGGCUGAUCCAGUGGGCUCUAGAAAGUUGAAUUGGAGAUGUGGAAAAAGCCAUGGUGAAGUAACACAAAAGGAUGAUAUGAUGACACCUAUAAAUUUGGGGAAAAAGACCAUUUAUUUAGUUUCAUUCUUUGAAGGCUUACAGCGCAUUAUUUUAUUCACUGAAGAUCCAAGGGUAUUUAAAGUUACAUAUGAAAGUGAGAAAGCAGAGUUAGCAGAGCAAGAAAUUGCAUUGGCAUUGCAAGAUGUUGGAAUUUCUCUUGUCAACAAUUAUACAAAGCAAGAAGUAGCCUAUAUAGGCAUUACAAGUUCUGAUGUGGUUUGGGAGACAAAGCCGAAGAAGAAGGCAAGGUGGAAGCCAAUGAGUGUAAAGCACACCGAGAAGUUAGAGAAAGAAUUUAAGGAAUAUACUGAGUCUUCACCUUCAGAAGAUAAGGUUGUUGAGUUGGACACUAACAUUCCGGUUCGUUUAACACCUAGUGGGAAUAACAUGAAAAUUCUGCAACCACAUGUAAUAGCUCUGCGAAGAAAUUAUCUCCCAGCAUUAAAAGUGGAACAUAGCACAUCUGCACAUCAGUCAUCAUUUAGAAUUCAAAUUUACAGAAUACAAAUCCAAAACCAAAUACAUGGUGCUGUAUUUCCUUUUGUGUUUUACCCUAUUAAGCCUCCAAAGUCUAUCACCAUGGAUUCAGCACCAAAGCCCUUUACAGAUGUCAGUAUUGUCAUGAGAUCUGCAGGACAUUCCAAGAUAUCACGUAUUAAGUAUUUUAAAGUAUUAAUUCAAGAAAUGGAUCUCAGGUUGGAUCUUGGGUUUGUCUAUGCUUUAGCAGAUCUUAUGACAGAAACUGAGGUGACUGAGAACACGGAGGUUGAACUUUUUUCUAAAGAUAUAGAAGCACUCCAAGAAGAAUGUAAAACAGAUGCAUUAGUAGAUCAAUCACAAGUCAGUCUCUAUGAAUAUUUUCAUAUAUCUCCUAUCAAGUUGCAUUUAAGUGUUUCACUGACUCCGGGUAGAGAAGAAGCUAAAGAUUCAGAACAACAUGGAGGACUGAUUCCAGUUCAUUCUUUAAAUCUUUUGCUGAAGAGUAUCGGUGCUACCCUUACAGAUGUACAGGAUGUAGUUUUUAAGCUUGCAUUCUUUGAACUCAACUAUCAGUUCCAUACAACAUCUGAACUUCAAUCUGAAGUAAUAAGACACUAUUCAAAACAGGCCAUUAAGCAGAUGUAUGUACUCAUUCUUGGACUUGAUGUUUUGGGAAAUCCCUUUGGCUUAAUUAGAGAAUUUUCAGAAGGUGUAGAAGCAUUUUUUUAUGAACCUUACCAGGGGGCCAUCCAGGGUCCUGAAGAGUUUGUGGAAGGAAUGGCACUAGGAUUUAAGGCGCUAGUUGGUGGAGCUGUUGGUGGAUUAGCUGGUGCUGCCUCCAAAAUCACCAGUGCCAUGGCUAAAGGGGUAGCAGCUAUGACCAUGGAUGAAGAUUACCAGCAGAAGAGGAGAGAAGCUAUGAAUAAGCAACCAGCUGGCCUUAGAGAAGGCAUCACUCGUGGAGGAAAGGGCUUAGUUUCUGGUUUUGUAAGUGGCAUAACAGGAAUUGUCACAAAACCAAUCAAAGGAGCUCAAAAAGAAGGAGCAGCAGGUUUCUUUAAAGGUGUUGGGAAAGGUCUAGUUGGAGCAGUGGCAAGGCCAACUGGAGGCAUCAUAGACAUGGCUAGCAGUACAUUUCAGGGAAUAAAAAGAGCUACAGAGACUUCUGAAGUGGAGAGUCUGCGACCUCCUCGGUUCUUCAAUGAAGAUGGAGUUAUCAGACCUUACAGGUUGAGGGAUGGUACUGGAAAUCAAAUGCUACAGGCAUCAAAAAGUUUGAUAUGAAAACAGUUAAUGCAUGACUUUGCAAGUGAAAGCCAACAUUAGAGUUUAGUCUUAAAAUUUAUAAACUACGCACAGCUGUUUAAAUAUUCUGAAUACAAAGAAAACUUUUUGUAUUGGUAACCUUUUUACAGGAAUUUCAGUGAAUCAGAUCUUUUUUAGAUAUUCUUGUGUCUGCACCGAUUUGCCAGAUUUGUUAAACUCCAGUGUGCCUUAUGUACCCUCAUAGUUGAUGGUACAUAUUUAGUCAAAUUAGACCAUUUUUGUUUGGGGUACCUCCUCCUAUUUAGCAAACCACUAGUGGCUGUUUUUUUUUUGUUUUUGUUUUUAACCAGAUACAAUCCUCAUAUUUAAUUAGUCAUGAAGAAGGAAAAAUAAAACUCAGGAACACUACUGUUGCACAUUAUUCAUUGGUUCUUAGGCAUUUCUUUUGAAGAUGUUCAAAUAGCCAUUGUCCUCUUCCUACUUUAGUCUGUAAAACCUUGUGGGAUUUAAUAAGCAGUUCAGAUGAAAACCAGUAUCUUUUAGUAAGGAAGGCUAAUGUUUGGAAUAGGCAGUUUGAAGGUAGAAUAUUUUAUCUUUCAGACAACUUUCUAUUUGGUAAAUCUGCCUUUUUAAAAUCUGGAAUUAUGGUGUAGGUAACAUAGUAAUCGUAUUCCUGCUACACCAAUGGUGAAGUUGUUUCUGUGAUUUAGAUGUGGACUACUAAACUAAAUCACUUGUCGAAAAAACAAGAAGGCAUUAUGUUGUAUAGACUUGAAAAUAUUCAUGGUAAUAACACACUGAGUGUAGAAUUGCUUUUAUAGCCUUGAUAUUUUAAUAUUUUCAUGUUUAAGUAAUUAGGGUAAAGCUUUAAAACUAGUAUUUUACCCCUAAUAUAUAGAGUAUAUAAUAUAUAAAACAUAACUUCAAAUCUUUGAGCCUUAAAUCUUACAUAUUAAAUUGUAAGCAUAGAUUUAAUGUUGAAUGUUUAAUAAAGUGACUUUAUAGCAUGAUUUUAAAAUGCUUUAAAAGUAUCAAUACUUGCCUGUUGAAAUAGAACUGGCAAUCUGUUGAAAGGUUGUGCUCUAAAGAACAUAUUGUGCAAUCUCUACAAUAACCUCAUGUCAUUCUUUGGAAAAUAGAAAAUUUGUACUGUCACCUAUGGCUAAUACUAUUGAAAUACAAUUUUCUACCCAGUAUCUGCCUUCCCUUGUUAGAGCACAAUUAACACGUUACUAACAUUUUUCUAGACUGAAAGUUGAAUUGUCUUCAAAUCAUCUUUUAAAAUUUUUUAAAUAUUUAUUGAGAACCUAUUUUAAUAAACUUAGUAGGAAUUAAGGAUGAGUAGUGAGAAGAGUAUUGAAAUCUAUGAUCAUCAUUAUUGGGGAACAGAUUAUAAUAUUUGAGUAUAAAGAAGCCAUGAGUUACCACAAAUUUCUGUUGGAUAGUAAUUUGACUUAAGUAACAAGUAAAUUUAUCUCACACUUUCAUUAAUUGUUUUCUGAGGGCUUAAACUUUGGAAUUUAAAGAAACAACUUUUGGCUAUAUAUUUUUAAAGAUACAAAUUAUUUUUAGGACAGCCUUAGCACUGAUUGCUACAAAGAGCUAUUUUAAAUGACUAAAAACUUGGAAAUCAGACAUUAUUUGUGUUUCAGCAAAUUUAAAAUACAGUAUUUGCUGAAAUAACUGUACAGAUAUGCCAGAUGCCUUGGUAUGUUUUUUGGUUAACAGAAAAGAUGUAAGACAUGGAUUGUUGUUUUAGUGGUAGGGUGCUUUUUUUGAAUCAAAACUCUACUGUGUUAUUAGUAAGCUCUUUAAAAUAUGUGAAUAUCAGUACUGUGGGAAAUACAUUACACAAAAACUGAAAGUAAAAUCUCAUCUGUCUAUAUCUCAUCUAAGUAAUUUAAUGAUGGUACCUUGGAAAAUGUUUGACACUUUCAAGUGUCCCUCCUUUUAUUUUCUUUUUUCUAAAAAAGGUGUUCUGUAUUCACUAAAUUAUAUUUGCCCAUAUGGAAUGGAUAAACAUAAAAUGUGUUCCUUCAUUGUAUACAUUUCUGUCUAGAAAGUAGCACAUUAUUAUAGUGCUUGAAUAAUUUUAAUGAAUUAGUUCAUGAAUCAUAGAAUACCUUAUUAGUAUCGUAAAACCAUUUUAUACAUUGACUUUAUACCAACCAUGGGAUUGAGCUUAGCUCUAUUAAGUUAUGGAAUAUUAUAUCCAUAAUUAAUUAUAUCUGGAGUCAAAGUUGAGAACUCUAUAUUAAAAAUAUUCUGAUUCCUUGAACAUUUCAUAAUUUUAUGUGUCCAAGAAGUUUUCCAUACUUAACUAAUUUUUGUGCUUCUUUUUUCCUUUACCAUGCUCACAGAAAACUCAGGUCUACAGGGAGAGGAUUAUGACUCCCAGUAGCAGUAGUGAUGAUGAUGAUGAUGAUUAGCCAGAUUUAAACUGUGAAAAGACAUAUGCUUUUUGUCAUUUUACUUGGAAUGUAUCAGUAACAUGUUUUGUAUGACUGCUGUCAUAAUGCCCAUAUGUCCAUUUUGAGGGAGGUGAAAUAUUUUUUCCUUUUAAAAUGUUUUUCUGCACAUCUCAUAAAGCAAAAUAAUUGCAUUAUUUAAGCACAGAAAAAUAUUUAAAAUACAAAGUAGGGUAUACUGUAUAUUAUA